AUGGCGCCCGCCACUGCAAAUGGCGUCCUGCCAGUUCCCGCUGCCGCCCUGCAGAAGAAUCCCAACGGCGCCUCCCGCGCUUCCUCGUCCAAGUCCGCUGCCCCGCGCCUCAAGGUCGUCGUGCGUAGACUCGCCCCGGCUCUGACCCAGGUCGAGUUCGAAACUGCCCUAGGCGACGACUGGAAGCUUGGCGGAGGUAAGGUCGACUGGUUCGUCUACAAGGCCGGCAAGGUAUCCAAAGACCUGGCCAAGCCCUCCCGCCCUUCGCGCGCCUACCUGCGGCUGACGGACCAAAGCCUUCUGGCCUCUCUUGCCGACAAGGUUCGCCAGACUUCCUUCACCGAUGCAAAGAACACUUCAAGAGACUCCGCCCUCAUUGGACCGCCGUCUCUCGAGUUCGCGCCCUACCCUCGUAUCCCCGGAGGCAGACGCCGCAAUGAUGCCCGCCAAGGUACCAUCGACCAGGACCCAGAGUUCAAGGACUUUUUGGAGAGCCUUACCAACCCAGUUCCCAAGCCUACUCCAACGGACGUCACGGUAGAUGCCGCAAACAAGGAGAAACCAGAGAUUAAGACGACGCCUCUUAUCGAGCAUCUGCGUGAGAAGAAGCUGGCAAAGGAGAAACCGCAACCAGUGAAGCUUCAAACCAAACAGCAUUCCCGAGGAGAAUCCAAGGACGACAAAGCCAGUGCUAAAGCUAGUGAGAAGAAAGGCGGACGUAACGCUGCCAAAGAUACCACCGCCAGUCCGGAUAAGCCUACAAAGCAGAGCAAGGCAGAAGCUAAGAAGGCGAAGGAAGCCGCUGCAAAAGAAGCUGUUAAGAUCUUAAACAAGGAAGCCGCCUCGAAACAGUCCCAAACGACCGACAACAACAAAUCCACACCUAGUGGACCUGCGGCAGAAAGAAAACGCGAGCGCGGCAAUGUCAAUAUCGCCAAGCAAAUGCUCCAACGUGACCUAGGUAUCGGACCAGCUGCAGGUGGAAGACGUGGCCGCCGCGAAGCUGCGGCAGCAGCCGCUGCUGCUGCAUCCCAGGAAACGACAAAGCCCACAGAGACUGCAUCACCAAAAGAACCAGCCAACCCAUCACCAGCGCCUACCCCUGCCAAGCCGGCUCAGUCAGAGGCACGAUCGGCGAAGAAAGACUCCCGUCCUACGCGCGCCGAACGCCGUGCUGCAGGAAAGGCCAAGGCUGAAGCUGCAGCCGCAACCGAAGGUAACAAGCCUGCUGCGGCUCCUGUGCCUCCCACAGGCCCUAAGAUCCUCAAGAAGCCCCAAGCUCCCGCGCAACCGGCACAGCAACCGGCACAACAAUCCGAGAAACCUGCUUCUACCACAACUGCCCCUCCCGCCGCUAAGCCCGCGCCUGCUGCUUCCCGCGCACAGCAAUCCGCGCGUCAACCUGCUUCCCCUGUCCCGGCCCCAACAUCCAAGCAAGCCUUCCUCAAGCACGCCAACGCCAGUCAGGGUAUCACAGAGCCACUUAUCGAAGCCGCACUCGGCGUCUUCGGCUCCAUCGAAAAAGUUGAGAUCGACAAGCGCAAGGGUUUUGCCUACGUAGACUUUGCCGAGCCGAGCGGCCUGCAAAAAGCAAUCGCCGCGUCACCCGUUAAGGUCGCAGAGGGCGCCGUCCAGGUCCUCGAGCGCAAAGACAAGGCACCCGCGCAACGCACGCCCAGAGGCCCGUCUGUUUCGGGACCCCCAGCGCAGGCGAUGCGCGGAGGUGGUGCGUUCAGAGGCGGGAGGGGCCGGGCUGCCAGGGGCGCCUCUACUUCCUCGACCGGCAAUGCGUCGCCCGCUGCGCCGUCUGGUUCGCCUGCUCCGGCUGCUGCGGCCCAGGCGCCGGCUUCUGCCCCCGCCCCGGCUGCAGAGGCACCCUCGUAG